GUUUUUUCUGACUGUGUGUUUCCUGUUUCCUGCAGACGUCCAGCUGGUGGUGGUGGUUAAAGAAGAGCUUCUCCCUGACCAGCAGGAGUGGAGCACCAGUCUGGACCAGGAGGACCCAGAGCCCCCCCCACACAUUAAGCAGGAACAGGAGGAACCCAGGAUCAGUCAGGAGGGAGAGCAGCUUCAGGAGCUGGAGGAGGCUGAUAUCACCAAGUCCACUUUCACUCCUGACCCUGUGAAGAGUGAAGAUGAUGAAGAGAAACCUCAGUCCUCACAGCCUCAUCAAAGACAAACUGAACACAUGGAAACAGAAGCUGAUGGAGACGACUGUCGAGGACCAGAACCAGCCAGGAACUCAGAUCCAGAGAGCAGUUUACAACCAAAGACUGAGGACGACACUGGAGACUUUUCUGAACCUGAAACUGGAGACUCUUCUGAACUUGACACUGAAGACAGUGCUGAUUGGAAGGAGACCAAAGAACCUGCCUCAGGCUCAAGCUCACUGAAAAAUAGACAUGAAUCUGUCAGUGAUCCACGAUGUAGUGCUGAAAAUAAACCAUUCAGCUGCUCAGUCUGUAAGAAAGCUUUUUCAAAGAGUGGACAUUUAAAGGAACACAUGAGAGUCCACACAGGAGAGGAAAUAUACAGCUGCAAUGUUUGUGACCGAAGAUUUAAAUGGUGUAGUGAUUUCAAAAGACACAAGUGUGUUCGCCAGUCCUCACAGCUUAAUGAAAUUCAAACUGAGGAUAACGGAGAGGCAGAGCCUGCAAUCAGCAGCUCAGCUGAACACGUGGAAACAGAAGCUGAUGGAGAGGACAAUGAAUACAUCUUAUGACAGUUCACACAUGAGAAGAAUCUGUCUGACUGGAUUAACAUUGUUGCACAACAUUCAUAUAAGACUUAAAUGAACUCCAUCUUUAUCAACAUAAGUGGACAAUAUGUUUAAUGUGUUUGUACUUAUUUUCUGAUCUAUACGUUAACCACUGACUGUUGAUGAACCAUUUUAUUUUGGAUUGAGGGCUUCAAGCUUCCAUAUAGAGAUAUAGGAUGAUUUGAUGUAUUGUUCUUUAUUUCUAAAUGUUUUGUAUCAUUGCUAUCCUGUUAAUGAGCCCUGUUUUACAUAAAUGUACCUGUUAUCUGAUUGUUUUUGCUUCUGUAACUGUAAGGGAAUACAUUUGCUUAUUUUGUAUCCUGAUGACCUAAUGCCGUUACAUGUAAUACGUUACUCCCUAAGCCUGAUUUCACCCACCUGCAACCGAUUAGCUAAUAAUCACAAAUGUUCAUUUAUUUGACCCUUGACUCGACUAUUUCUUGUUUAAUAAUAGUUACAUCUCCUCAGGUCCAAGUUCGCGUGUCCUGCUUUUCACCUGCUGAUCACCCACUGCUCAUUUAAAGUGGACUGACCUUUACAAGGGACCAGCUAGUCUUAGUGUCUUAAUGCAAACGUUUUGUAAAGUGAUGCUAGACCAAAAAACGUGCUGUUGGGUUGUGUGCUCUCUGCAGGACGGUGUCUGUACUCAAAGAUUGUUUAUGAAAUGAGAGCUUCACUCUGUUUUUGUUGUCCAAACGACGCCAACAGAGCGAUACGUAUUCUUUCAGAUGGCAUAAAUGUUACAUCAUCCAGUUCAACUGUCAUCCACAUAUUAAUGAUUCAAAACAGCAAUGUGUAAGAUAUGGCUAGUAAUUGACUAUUUCAACAGAAUGUGAAGAGGUUACAGUCUUGAGGCCAUGUCCAAUAUGUUUAUGUUUUGUUUGAUUAAAUCUACUGAAAUGAGCAUU